AUGUCUCUAGAAUACGCACGCUACCAGCCGGCCACUCCACCGGGUUUCCCUCUUGAGGAGUAUCUGGCCUCUGGUCAUUGUCGCAACGCAUCUGGUUCUUCUAUCUAUUCUUCUGAGUCCUCGCCAUGGUCAACAAUGACUGGCAACACAAGCCCCGGCACCUCACCUACCCGGCAUUACCAUGGGCCAACUCUUCUCCCUAAGAUCCGACCUCAGGACGUCAUGGUCGAGCCCAUGUCGGCCGGGGGACCCUUGCGGCAUCGUCGGGUUCUGUCAAAUACCCGCAACCCACCGGGUUUUGUCCCUUACCCUCCAAGUCGACCUUCUGUCCCGCGGACCAGGAUCGAUACCGGUGAAGGGUUGGCCUUAGUGUCGCCUAUCUCACCGGCGUACUCAGCAGGACAGCGUAGCGUCUCUGCCUUGUCGUCUCCAGUGGCCAUCACAGCACCACCAAAACGCAAAGCAGGUGGAUCGCACUCGCGCUCGGUGUCUACCCCCAGUGUCAACGACGAUAUCCUAAGACGAUACGGCUAUCCCACCUACCGGCAACUGCCCAAGUAUGUGGAGCAGAUGCAAUCGCAAACUACUCCAACCACACCGGUGACUCCAGUUACUCCCCAGGUGGUUGUUUAUCCUCCGUAUCCACAACGACCGACAAUAGAAUUAUCCCAGCAUGAUCCUGGACGCCAGAUGUCAUUGGCAGUACCGAGUCCUCGGUACAACCACAGCCAGGCGUCAAGCGCGCAGGCUUCACCAGUGACCCUGGUCAGCCCUCGAGAAGACAGGGCACCGUUGCCCACCAACCUGCACUCCUACUUGACGUCCCCAACCCAAGCCAUCAACCUAGUCCGCAACGUAAAUGUUGUUCCUACCCGCGGCAUGCACGAUUAUUUCUGGUGGGAUAUCCGCAACCUCCGCAGCUGGACUUCUUUUUCACUGGAGACCUUCGAUUCAAUCCCAAGACUUCCCAAUCUCAUGAAGACAGAAAUCUCUGCCAUACUCACUCCCCCUGUUUGCGUGGCUCCCACACGACUGGCUCCAGAGUCCGAGCCUGCAUUAGUCAAUCUACUUCGAGACCUGUACGCUCCGCGGAUCAAUGCCGCUCUGGCGGUCUCCCAAGGACCCGAUCACCUCCGACUCUACGCAGCGCCAGACGUGCGCAGCACCGGGAACAAGAACCAAGGGCAUCCUCAUUUCCUGGCAAACUACUCCUCCGAUACGGAUUGCACAAGUGCGGGAUUGACCCGCGGCCGGCUUGUCGGCAUUGUCAAGAGCUUCGGACGGUGGAACUCGGGGAUGCGCAAUGAGGCACCGCACCGGCGCGUCGAGUACUUGAAUGGUCUGGCGCAUCUGCAGCGCUGUAUGCGCGAGCACUCAUGUCGCUAUGGGUUUAUCAUGACGGAGAUCGAACUUGUCUGUGUGCGCGCAGGGUGUGAUGACGGAGACGACGUGCCCUAUUUUGGCUACUUGGAAAUUUCCGCCCCGAUUCCACUGAAGACUGCUGCUGGAGAUGUUGCAAAAGAUGGCCCACCACUGGCAACUCCCAUCAGCGCCCGGUCAUACUCUCCCUCAUCGUCAUCCUCGUCCUCAUCUUCAUCUUCUCGACCCCGCCGCUCAUCACCUGUCCCCGGACUUAGGAUCACAACGGACAACCGCCUGACUGGUCCUAUGACAGCGAGUCUGGCGCUGUAUUUCCUGCUCAUGCUUUCCAAAUCUGUUCCUCUCCCAUGUCAACCAUCCGCCCACCUCAAUGUUGGUGGUCCGGGCACGCUCACGCGCCAGCGGAUCCUCCCCGAGCUAAAGGACAAAUGGAUCCCCGAACCUCAGAUCGGCGAGCGGCGAGAUGCUAAACGUGUCCGCGGCUGGGUCUGGCCGCAGGAUCCUUGGCAUCGUCGUGAAGGCGGCGGAGCUGCGAAGUCGAGGGUGGGCGAGACGAAGACUAAGCGGUGGCAUAAAUAG